UUGUUACCAAUUGUUUUGAACUCUCGUUUCUACGCGUCUAUGCCUCUACGAGCUGUGGUGUGUACAAUAUCCUUCUUCUCCUGAACAUACUUUGUUAUAUAGAAAAUGCCCCUUCGUACAAUAAGCUCAAAAACUCUCAUGCCCCCUAAAAACUCCAUCUCCUUUUUCUAUUUUUACUUUCUUAAUUUCAAUUUCAAGGUACGCUUAAGUUUCUUCUUUUCUCGUACACAACAUUCUUACUGCCUCUCAGGAUUCAACAACAAUAGUAGCACUGGUGAAUACGUUUGUACAAACAGUAGAAGUAGAAUGUGCCCAGAUGGGCAUUUCAAAAACCUAAUCUUGAAAACAUUACACGAAAAUCCUAGGGCAUUUAAAAACACUUAUUGGGAAGUUCCCGAUUAUUUUAAUGUUUUGAUAAUUGAUUCUGAAUUGUUUAUAAAUGUUUUAAAGUCGAUUCGACACAGACCAAGUGUGGUGCUCGGUUUGUUCAGAUGGGUUGAGGUGCAAAAGGGGUUUAAGCAUUCAGAAUUUGUAUUUUGUACUGUUCUUGAAAUUCUUGUGCAGAACGAUAUGAUGUCAUCUGCUUAUUGGGUGGCUGAGAGGGCCAUCAGCAUGAAUUUGCACUGUGUUGUUGAUGUAUUAAUUGAUGGAUACUUGAAAUAUGAUGUCUCGGUCAAGUUACUUGAUUUAUUAUUGUGGGUUUACUCAAAAAAAUCUGAUGUUAAGCAUUGUUUACUUGUUUUUGACAAGAUGGUAAGGAUCAGGUUUUUGCCGGAUGUGAAGAAUUGCAACAGAGUUCUUAGGAUACUUAGGGAUAGAAAUUUGGUUGCGAAAGCUAGAGAAGUGUAUGGGAUGAUGGGGGAUAUUGGGAUCGAGCCUACAAUUGUAACCUAUAACACGAUGUUGGAUUUACUAUGUAAAAAAGGUGAAGUGCAGCAGGCACUUGACCUUUUGCUGGAGAUGCAGCGGAGGGAUUUCAGUCCGAAUGAUGUUACAUAUAAUUUGAUGAUCAAUGGGUUGUCAAAGAAAGGUGAGUUUGAUCGGGCCAAAGAGUUGAUUGGGGUGAUGUUGAAUAAAGGGUUGGAGGUUUCAUCGUAUACAUACAACCCUCUUAUAAGUGGUUAUUGUCAGAAGGGAAUGCUUAUCGAGGCACUAUGGCUUGGGGAAGAGAUGGAAAUUAGAGGAGCCUUGCCUUCUAUAUCGACUUACAAUGCAUUUAUGCAUGGGUUCUGCAAGUUAGGGAGAGUGAAUGAUGCCUGGCAAUGGAUUCCCGUGAUGCUGAAGAAGAACUUGAUGCCUGAUGUUGUUACAUACAACACUCUGAUAUAUGGACACUGUCAGUUGGGGGAUAUUACCAAGGCUUUGUUCUUGUUGUUUGAGAUGAGGAGAAGGAAUGUCAAACCUACUUUGAUAACCUAUAAUACAAUGAUGGAUGGACUGUGCAAACAUGGGGAUUUAGAUUCUGCUAUGCGGCUGAAAGAUGAAAUGAUCAGUUAUGGCAUUUUUCCUGACGCUUUUAGCUAUACAAUUCUCAUAGAUGGUUCUUAUAAGGCAGGAAACUUAUUGAUGGCGAAGAAAGUAUUUGAUGAGAUGGUGAGCAAAGGGGUGGAGCCUGACCGGCUUGCCUACACAACUUGCGUUACGGGUGAACUGAAGCUUGAUGGUCCGUGAUGGUGCCUUGCCUGAUCAUAUUGCAUAUAAUAGCACCAUUCACUUUGACUUGGAAAUUGGUAUCUUAGGAAAGCCAGGGAGUUGUUCUAGGGCUGGUAUGCUGCAGCUGUGAGCCCGUGACACACAUUUUGAUAUAUACUUGAGUGCAUAAAGUAGAUAGAUAUGUCCAUGACAGAAGUAGUUUUGGAGCAAAACUUGAAUUCAAAACAUUUGUUCUUAGUAACCAGGGCGAAGAAUUGAAGAAGAUGAUUGGUGCAGUUACUUAUAUUUUGGAGCAAAACAGUAAGCUAAGCCUCAUUCACAAUAAAUUUGGGGGUACUUAUCAGGCCACAUCCUGCAAUUUGGCACCUGGUUCAUGGAUUGGCAUUGUUUACCUUG